AGCAAUUCGAUUUUUGUUCUUUGCCAUGUCUCCUGUUUUACUUUCUUUCUUUCUACUACUCAAUAAAUUCAGACCCACAAUCAUAAUCUGCUCAAAAGAAGCUGUGCACCCAAACCCCUACCUGAUAUCAAACACUCAUAACCAUGAAGCGUAUUACUAUUGAUCCAUCACAGUCGGGCCCGCCAACGAAGGAGAUCACUUAUGUCCCACUUGAACGUGCAGAGGCCAAGGAGACCAAAUUGCAUCCAAGAAAUGCCGAAGGAGGCGAGAAUGCAUCGCUUUUUUUCGUGGGCACUGCAACAACGAUAUUAGAAUGGGAGGGCAUACGAAUUCUUACGGAUCCAAACUUUUUACACAAGGGGGACCAUGUUCACCUGGGGCCUGGAGUAACCGGCACACGUCAAACAAAUCCUGCAAUAGAUCUCGAGCAGCUCCCGCGGAUAGACGCCAUUCUCCUUUCCCAUUACCACGCUGAUCAUUUCGACCAAGAGGUUGAAGCCAAAUUGUCGAAGUCUAUUCCAAUCAUUACCACGCCGCAUGCCCAUUCGUGCCUGACAAGCAAGGGAGAUGACAGCUUUACUCAGGUUCACGCUGUUGAUCAUUGGGAAGACGUACUGUUGGAUUUGCACACGAAUAAAAUACAAGGUGGUCGAAAGCCGGCCAUACGGGUCGCUGGUAUGCCGGGGAAGCAUGUACCACCUGGCCCUCUUUCAAUCGCCAAUGAUCUGCUCAGUGCUGUCCCCCCAACGAACGGUUGGAUGGUUGAAUUAGGGUAUCAGAAUGCCAAAGAGGGAGACAAUUUCGAUUCAGGAUACCGAAUUUAUAUCACGGGAGAUACAUUGAUGGUUGACGAGUUGAAGGAGAUUCCGAAACGUUACACUGGAAGAAACAUUGAUCUGAUGUUGAUACAUCUCGGUGGCACAACAAUUCCUGGGCCGAAGCUACCAUUGUUGAUGGUCACAAUGGAUGCAAACCAAGGAAUCCAAUUGAUGGAGUUGGUGGAUCCCGAUUUGACGGUGCCGAUUCAUUACGACGACUACGACGUCUUCAUGUCGCCGUUAGAGGAUUUCAAGAAAGCGGUUGAAGAAGCUGGGUGGACUGAGAAGGUAGUCUAUCUUGAUCGGAAGGAUGAAUUCAAGUUCAAGGUGAAUUCGCAGCUCAAUACAAUAGAGCGUGCAGCGUAGUUUCCUAGGCGGUCAGCAAUGCUAACAACCUAUUCAUAUCACUCCAUCAAUCAUUGCUAGGGUCGUUUUUUUGAAGAUUUGUUGACUUUUUUGAUUCAUGCUCCUCAUGGGUGAGAGAGAGCUAAAGUAUGCCAGUAGAGAAGCCAGCCAUCCGAAGACGCCAAACGUCCUGCCACCUUUUCCUCAAUAUGCAUGGUGGUGUUUUCGUCGUCUCCCCUCCUUCGCCUGAUCGUAUGUCAUAAUCCCAUCCCGAUGAAUCGCUUAAAUGGCACGCUUGCCCUUGGGGUUCUUCUUGCCAACGUCGGUGAUGGUAAGACC